AUGGCGACUGAAAGGCAACAAGAAACUUCAGUGCCUUUAUAUUCAGUUUCGUCUCAGCAAAACACCGCGGAUUCCUACAAUUCAAAUAGACCUGUACAAGAUGAGUUUAUGUUUCGUAGUUCGUCGCCUGACUCGAAUGCGGAUUAUUUUGGGAGCAUAGAUAAUUCUCAGUCAAACGCUGGGGGUGACAGCAACUCGAAUGCGUACAAUUUGGGCAGUAUUUUUACUAGGAAGAAAUUUGCGUGGCUUUUAGAAAUAGAUGAUACUGGAGAUGAUGAUGAUGUGGAUAAACCUCUGUUGUAA